AUGUCAAAUUUAGAGCAACUUCAUUUAAAUAUUUGUUCAACUAUAUUGUUAAAUGAUCAAAUUUAUUUACCAUCGCUUGAAGAUAUUCAAUAUUCAUUCGAAUAUUUUCCAGAUAUUCAAAUUAGCUCUUGUAUUAAUUAUUUUUCUGAAGAAGGAAAAGGUCACUGUCAUAUUUAUUCAUACCCAUUUACAAUCCGAAUAUAUCCAAAUAUUGCGAACAAUUUUCCAGGUGGUUUAUUUACAUGUGUUAGUGAAAUAUCAUUAUUUGACGAACACCCUUUUGAACAUGAAUUUUUUGUUCGCAUCUCUCGAUCAUUUCCCCUUUUGAAACGAUUAACUAUUCGAAAUGGAAAACCACAAUGUGGAAAAUCAAAAAAUAUUCGUAAAUUUUUUUCAAUUAUUCAAUAUUCUCAUUUAGAAAGUCUCAAUUUUGAAACAACUCAUGAUGAUUAUAUUGAACAAUUUCUAAUUGACACCAGAACAUAUUUACCAUCUAAUAUUACUCUUUCAAUUGAUUAUAAAUCUUUAAGAAGAGUGACGCACAAAUUUACACGUAAAGCAACACGAUUGAAUUGUGAAAAAAUUAAUUAUAUAUGUUUGGAGAAAAUUCGUCAACUUCCAAAAUAUUUCAAAAAUUAUUUUUUCGAGAUAUGUAUGUGUAGGCCAUAA